AUGAGCCAUGGGAUAAUCAAUAACGAUACGCAAGAAAGGUCCUUUAUCGUGCAACGUGAUCCAACCAACACUUUGGAUUCCGAAUACAAGUUCAAAUUGACUAUGAUCGACUUUGGUCAUACCAGAUUCCGCAGACAAUACCACCCUGGAGAGGAUUGGCGAUGGUGGCAGGCGCAGGUACGCAACUGGAAAGGGAACAAGGGGGGGGGUUACAUCUAUGAACGGACCCCUUAUAGUGAAGCGCUUCAAAAUGAUUACAUGAGUGGUGAAUUGCCCAAGGAGAGACCUAUUCCACGCGAUGUAUGA